AUGAAUGGAACUAACUUUUCAGAUUUUCAGUCGACGAGCAGUUCAGAAAGAGCUUCUGGAGUGAGUGAAAGAGCUGAUUUUCAGCCGACGAGCAGUUCAGAAAGAGCUUCUGGAGUGAGUGAAAGAGCUGAUUUUCAGCCGACGAGCAGUUCAGAAAGAGCUUCUGGAGUGAGUGAAAGAGCUGAUUUUCAGCCAACGAGCAGUUCAGAAAGAGCUUCUGGAGUGAGUGAAAGAGCUGAUUUUCAACCGAUGAGCAGUUCAGAAAGAGCUUCUGGAGUGAGUGAAAGAGCUGAUUUUCAGCCGACGAGCAGUUCAGAAAGAGCUUCUGGAGUGAGUGAAAGAGCUGAUUUUCAGCCGACGAGCAGUUCAGAAAGAGCUUCUGGAGUGAGUGAAAGAGCUGAUUUUCAGCCGACGAGCAGUUCAGAAAGAGCUUCUGGAGUGAGUGAAAGAGCUGGGCACGUGGCGCCGCCGCCGACAGCCUCCGAGAGCCAGGUAUACAGCCGUCGCCAGGAGGUGGCCCGGUCACCUGUCACCGGCACAGUGUAG